AUCUUUGUCUACCAUGGACAUGGAGCAAUGCUCUUCGUUGCUUUUUCUACCAUGUUCAUUCUAUCGACGGUUGGCUAAAAUCAUGUAAGAAUAGGAUCUUCCCUCCAUAGUCGCCUUGAUAUUUUUGGUUCCAGUCAAAUCGCUCUCCAUUGUCGCAUCAAGAUCCAGGUCAAGCAGUCUUCUUCUUCCUCUGCUUUUCUUGCUCCAGCAUCAGCCUUCUUCUUCCUCUGCUUUUCUUGCUCCGGCGGCCGCCUCUGCCCACAGCCCCCUUCCUCUCCUUCCUGCUCGCCUCCGACGAGGUCCUGUUCCUGUCCGAGCCCUGACGGGGACGCCGCGGCCAUCUCAGGCCCCCUACCCCCACCAGUCAACUUGCUGCCACGCCUCAGGCGCGGUACUGGUGUCCCCGUCUCACCCUGGCCUUAGCGUGGCAACUGACUGACGCGGCGAAAAACUUCAGGCACCUCAAGAGAGGUAGCCGCAUCAUGGAUAUUAAACUCGUGGAGAUCGAAGCCAUCACAAACAAUUUUGCAGAGGAACAGAAAGUCGGCAGCGGUGGGUACGGAGAUGUUUACAGGGCCACUCACAAAGGAGAGGAAGUUGCCGUGAAGAAGCUCCAUCAACUGCAGGGACUCGAUGAUAAGCAAUUCGACAGCGAGUUCCGUAACCUUCGUAAUAUACGCCACCAAAAUGUUGUGCGGCUAAUUGGCUACUGCCACGAGUCUCGCAAGAAAUACAUGGAGCACAAGGGGGAGCUCAUCUUCGCCAAAGAGAUGGAGCGCGUGCUCUGCUUCGAAUAUAUGCACGGCGGAAGCCUCGAUAAACAUAUUACAGAUGAAUCUUGUGAGCUUGAUUGGCCGACGUGUUACAAAAUCAUCAAAGGGACUUGUGAGGGCUUAAAUCACCUUCACACCUCGCAGGGGAAGCCUAUUUUACAUCUAGACAUAAAACCAGCCAACAUAUUGCUGGAUAAGAGCAUGACGCCUAAAAUCGCGGAUCUUGGUUUGUCCAAACUUGUUUCUUCGACAUUAACACAUAAAACAGAGAUUGUCAAAGGGACACAAGGGUACAUGCCACCAGAAUAUGUAGACAAUGGCUACAUAUCGAACAAAUUUGACGUGUUUAGUUUUGGCGUCGUAAUUAUAAAAAUGAUGGCCGGUAACGUGGGCUACUUCCGUUGUGCUGAAAUGUCUCACAAAGAGUUUAUUGAGCUGGUAACUAAAAACUGGGCGAAAAGGUUGCUGACAGAGCCUGGAUAUUCCUCGCACGAAACCGACAUGCUAGGAGUCACUAGAUGUGUUGAAAUUGCAUUAAGAUGUGUGGACAAGGACCGAAACAAAAGGCCCUGUAUUAAGGAUGUUGUCCAUGAGCUGGAGGAACUAGAAGCUGAGAUCAAGAAAAUGUCCCUAUCUUCUGACCAGUCAAAAGGCCUAAGUCUGCAGAGAAGCUGUGACACCAACAUUCUGUCGGUGGAUCCGACCCUCGAGCUGCGGUUCGUCUUUGAGCCAAGGAAGGAGACGUCGUGCUGUCUGCAGAUGACCAACAAGACGGGUGGCUUCAUCGCAUUCAACAUAUUGAUGAACAAGAACAAGUAUAGUGUGCGGCCAAGCCAAGGGACCAUGCCACCGUGCUCCAGGCGUUAUGUUGUCGUGACACUGUCAGCGCAAGAGGCGGCGCCGCCAUACAUGCGGUGUGACGACAUGCUCCUAGUGCAGAGCACCAGCAUCACCCAAGAUCUUGGUGAGAUCAAUUAUCAAGAAUUGUUCGACGUGGCCAGGGCGGAUAAGGUGGUUGAUGUGGUGCAUCUGCCAAUCGCAUAUGUCACGUUAGAAGAGUAGUCUCCUCCACCAGGAACUGAGAAUAGCUCAGGUGGUAAAGCGCAAUGUUGAUAGAUUCAGUCAGUGCUUGAGUUGUUGUUUGAGAAAGGGUGUUCUUUCUUACGUCUAGUUGAUCGUCUGUACUUCCAUUGUUUGAGAAAGGAGUCAUACGGAUCUUUCGGUAAA